UCUGGCAUAAUCCCCUCCUCUUUGCAAAGUCUGCAGAAUUUGCUAUAUCUAUAUAUCGACAAAAACUACUUUCAAGGGCCAAUUCCUUCCUACCUAGUAAACUAUCGGAGCUUGUUAGGCCUAGAUUUUUCUAGUAACAAUCUUAGUGGUCCGGUGAUAUUACCUAUGGCAGGGAGCCUAACGUACAUGAAUUUGUCUUGGAACCAUUUGAAUGGAGUCCUUCCGAUGGAAAUUGGGAACUUCAAACAUUUGGACAUGUUGGAUGUCUCCGGAAAUAUUCUAGAAGGUGAAAUCCCAAGCAGUCUAGGCAAUUGUGAUGGACUCACAGUACUAAGGUUGCAAGAUAACCUCUUCCAUGGGUCCAUUCCUCAACCACUCAGCUCAUUAAGAAGCGUUGAGGAAUUGGAUCUUUCCAACAACAAUUUCUAUGGACAAAUUCCAAAGUUCGUAGAGGCAUUGAAGUAUUUGGAAAAGCUGAAUUUAUUUUACAAUCAUUUGGAAGGCGCGCUACCAACUCAAGGAGUUUUCAAGAAUGUGAGUGCGACUUUUGUUGCUGGAAAUGAAAAGCUCUGUGGAGGAAUGCCUGAAUUUGAGCUCCCUAAGUGUGUGUCUCGGAACUCCAAAAGAAGAGGAGAAGCCCGUAAGUUGAAACUCACCGUCGCCAUCAUUUUUGGUCUUCUCGGAAUAACUCUCAUAGUCACUUUCCUAUAUCUAUGUUGGUUGAAGCAAAAAGGAAACGAGCCGGUUUCAAGCUCCUUAGAUGAUUCAUUGUUAAAUCUAUCUUAUGGAACUCUCCUAAAAGUGACAAAUGGUUUUUCUUUGACUAAUUUGAUUGGGUCAGGAAGUUUUGGGUUUGUCUACAAAGGGACACUCCAGGAGAAUGGAAAUGCCAUCGCGGUGAAGGUGCUUAACUUAACGCGGCAUGGCGCUCUCAAGAGCUUCAAAGCUGAGUGCGAGACUUUAAAGCAUAUAAAACAUCGAAAUCUUCUGAAAAUCUUGACGGUGUGCUCAAGCACUGAUUAUAAGGGUAAUUUGUUUAAGGCUUUAGUUUACGAGUUCAUGGUCAAUGGUAGUCUAGAAGAGUGGUUGCACCCAAAUCCAGCUUCAAAUGAUGUACAUGGGCACUUGAAGACAUUGAAUCUCAUCCAAAGGGUAAACAUUUCUAUUGAUGUGGCUUCUGCAUUAGAUUACCUCCACAAUCAAUGCGAAAGCCCAAUAAUUCAUUGUGAUCUAAAGCCGAGCAAUGUCCUUCUAGAUGCUGACAUGGUCGGGCAUGUUGGUGACUUUGGGUUGGCAAAGAUUGUCCUCGAAUCCACGUCUGACACUAGAGCAAAUCUGAGUUCUGCCGGUUUAAGAGGAACAGUUGGUUAUGCCGCUCCUGAAUAUGCCAAUGGAAGCCAGGUCUCAAGAAAAGGUGAUGUGUACAAUUACGGUGUUCUCUUAUUAGAGAUGUUCACGGGAUUAUGUCCCACUAGCGAAAUGUUCAGAGAUAAUUUGAAUCUUCAUAAUUAUGUUGCUGAGGCUUUACCCCAACGAGCUAUGGAGAUUACCGAUCCUGUGCUGCUUCACGAAAGAGGAGAGAGCCAUAACAGUAACGAAGGUUCGCGUCACGAAAGAAGCCACAUAUUUCAGGAAUGUUUGGAAACAGUAUAUCGUAUUGGACUAGCUUGCUCUAUGGAGGAGCCUAGAAGACGCAUGAGCUUUGACAAUGUCACAGCCCAGCUGCACUCGAUCAGGAAGAAACUUUUUGCAGCUUCUUUACUUGGAUAGAUGAGACCCGAAUAGAUGACAUCGUAAGUAACAAGUUCUUCAUUUCCUAUGGCGAAUCUCUCUAGUGCUACUUGCGAAUGAAAAAGGAAAGGACGGAUGCCUGACUUUCCUAAUUUUCUUGCGAACAUA